AUGCCUACUUCCUCAGCUUACUAUUCUCCGGGAACACCGCCGGAGGAUCAUUUGGAGCACUUUUUCCGGGAGCUGAGGCGCCCCAGCGAGAAGUCACUGGCCGGAGAUGAUGGUAUGAGCAUCUACUCUGCUGCAGAAGCGGAAGCGCCAUUACCGCCUCUGCUGCACCCAGCAGCAACAUUUGCAGGAGAAACAGAUAUCGUGUCCCCGCUUCAGUCGCCGAGGGUUCUAAACACUCCUAGCUUCGGGGGGACGGAUGUCUUUCCGGAAAUGUGCAACUCACCAGUCCCAUCCGAACUAAUUUGCUCUCCCUUGCAUCCUCCGACGAUCUCUCCUUUAACCUCACCUUCCCUAGCGUCAACGUCGCAAACAUCGCUCAGUAUGCCAGCCCCAUCAAUGACGCAUAGGAAGGUUCCUAGCAUUGACCCGGCCACACCACUUGCGCCGAAGAAACUAGCAUCUCCGAUCACUUUUGUCACUGCAAAUUCCCUUGCGGAUAUGAUUGAGGAGAUGAAUAGGGACUUGGAAGCCUAUGACGCUACGCGCGCUCGCAUGAUUGAGAGUGGGUGGUCGAGUGCGCAGGAGAUCCGAAACGUCGAGCUUCAAAAAGAGGACAAAGAGAGGAACUGGAAGCACCGCAUUGCGGAGUCGAAGAAAAUUCUUGAGGCUGCGAGGAGAUCGGAGGUCAAGCAUUCGGCGAUGUCGAGCGUAUCUAGCAUCGAUAGUCUGGGUGGUAGCUACCCGAUAUCACCGAUCAUACCAGUUACAAUUCUUCCGGGCGGUGACGGCCAUAGCAUGAAGGGUUCGGAGCGCGCUCUAUCCAAAUGAUUUGUGGUUUUGCCAUUGUUUUAUAAGUUACGUUUCUUCUAUUGUUAUCUCUUGCUUUCAAUGGUGCAUGACGACGGUGACGAUGAUGAAUUACGCUCCUUCCAUCUAAUUACGAACUGUUUCUUCAUCUCGUUUUCUUCCUAGGGGGUUUUCGGGCGUACGUGUAAAUGAAAGAUUUUUUGCUUCUUUUUACCUUAUUUUUUUUACUCCUACAUUGUAUAAACCUUUAUCCUUCUUACCUGUUACAUUUUUUACACUUUUAAAAAGACGGUUGGCGAUAUCGAUUGGGGGGCUAUUUCCUUUUGAUUUUUAGAUGGAUUUCUUUUCUCAAAAUGGGG